AUGUAUUAUCGACGUCAAGCUUUGCCCAGGGUUUUGAAAACUCUCGAUGAAAUAUAUCCCGAAAAUCGCGAGGAAGAAAAAUAUAAUUUAAAGAAAUAUUUUCGUUAUUAUUCGCGAAUUGAAAAGUUCAUUUGGUCGUUUUAUCGUGUGGUGGGACCGGUCUAUGUCACCCUACCAUUGGUGCAGUCUUUGCGUUGCAUAUGGACAAUGGGACAGUUUACAUUAUUUCUACCAUUAUCGCUGUGGAAGAUGGGCGAUCCCAUGGAUAAUCAAUGGUGGCUGCUAUAUAUCGUCUAUUAUAUGAUUGGAGCAUUUUCAGCGAUAUCUUCGGGAAUGACAAUAACCGGAUGUGACCUCUGUCUGUAUAGUUUAAUAACACAAUUGUGCAUGCACUAUGAUUUAUUGUCACGCCGGAUUUUGGAACUGCAACCGGCUGAGGGAGAAGAUUUGGUCACCAAAAAGUUGCAUAUUUUAAUACGACAACAUCGGCAGAUAACGGACUUAGCCAAUGAAAUCAAUCGGAUUUUUGCUCUCUCCAUAAUAUUCUCGGUGAUGUCGUCAUCGUUUACCUUAUGUUUGGUGGCCUAUCAAAUGUUGGACGAUGUUUCAAUGUUUACCAUAGUUAAAGCUUUUAUACUGCUGCUAUACGAAAGUAAACAGGUGAUUAUUACAUGUUAUGUGGGACAAAAACUCAAGGAGUGUAGCUCCCUUGUAAAUGCAUCCCUGUAUGCCCAUAGUUGGUAUGAUGGUUCCCCAAAAUAUAGACGUUGUGUGCUCUUUAUGCUUUUGUGUACCAUGGAACCAUUUGUUUUGAAUUUUAUGGGAAUUGCUGAUAUAACCGUUAUAACUCUUAAGGAGGUUUAUGGAAAUGCUUACAGGCUAUUUACUGUUUUCAAAAGUGCCUAA